AUGGCUAGUCCUCCCCCGCCCUUUACAGUCCGUGUGCUGGAGUCAGAUUUCCUCGCCGACAAGCCCAGUUCAAAUGGUGAUUUCAGCAGCCUUUUGCCCGCAAGCAAUCGUUUCAAUGAUGACGUUGUCGUCCCAACAACGGACCCCAACUUCCUAGAGCGGGAACUCUCAGUAUCGCGCCUUAACGACGUGCAACAAUGGCUCUGGAUGUGCGGUCGCCCUAUGCCACCUCGGCCGUUGCAUCACCAGCGCCUCAUCUCCCGGGAAGUCAUCAUCAGCGAACACGCUGAGCUCCACAUGGUCUGGUGGCGGAAUCGCAUCUUUCUCAAGCCCAUGCCCGCCUUCCUGAUGGAUCCCGAUUUCUGGACAAGUAACAUCAGCGACACGGCGCAUCUUGACGCAGUACAGGGAAAUCUUGACGCCUCGGCGCGCGGGUUCAUCUUCUCUUACGCUGCGCUCGUCGCCUACAAAAGUGACUUUCGCAUUGCAAAGGAAUUUGGACUGCUGCCUGAGGAGGUGACCUGGGAUGGCUGGAAGGCUUUCACCGCUCAGGUUCUGGAGAGCCACCGCUACGAUCGCGUGAAUCCGCGUUAUUGGUACGGCGAGCUGCGGCUGAGCAGACUGAACAAGAUCUACGCCUUUCGCAAGGGAUUUUUGUUACGCGGCUACUCAAGAGUCGCAUCACACACUGUCUACGGAGAUCUCAUUCGCGACAACUUUUCGGUGCUGGCAGGUAUUCUCGGUUACGUCGUGAUUGCGCUCACAGCGAUGCAAGUCGGCUUAGGCGUGGACCGCCUGAUCGAGAACCAGACGUUCCAGGACGUCAGUUACGGACUCACUGUUUUUACGUUGAUUGUGCCUCUCAUAGGCGCGCUGCUUAUUUUUCUGUUUGUUUUUGUAAUGAUCGUCAGCAAUUGGAUGGUUACCAAGAACUUUGAGAGCAGGCGUUUGAAGAAGAUGAAAGUAAAGCUUUUGCGGAGAUAG